AGGAAGCCAAAUAUUACACGUCAACCAAUAGCGGAUCUCCACGACGGUCUUCUAACGUUCUUUUAUAAGGUAGGCCAACUCCGUGCAUUUCACUAAUAUAUUUCGUUCGAGUGUAAGAAUUGUUGUGUAUAAAGGCGAUUGUUCUCGAAUUACAAUGAAAAAGGCUGCAAAAUAUUUAAUAGUUGCGCUGUUUAUCGGCGCCCUUGCCACGGCCAAAAAGGAGGAGGACUCGAAAAAGGACAGUAUCGGCACCGUUAUCGGAAUUGACUUGGGAACUACGUAUUCCUGUGUUGGAGUUUUUAAGAAUGGCAGAGUUGAAAUUAUUGCAAACGAUCAAGGCAACAGAAUUACUCCUUCGUACGUUGCCUUUACUCCCGAAGGCGAACGUCUCAUCGGUGACGCGGCAAAAAACCAACUGACUACGAAUCCGGAAAAUACGGUUUUUGAUGCUAAGAGAUUGAUUGGACGAGAAUGGUCCGAUCCCUCCGUUCAGCACGAUAUAAAAUAUUUCCCUUUCAAGUUAAUGUCUGUUUGCAAUUUAUGUGCAGGAGGUGAAGAUUUUGAUCAGAGAGUAAUGGAGCAUUUUAUUAAGUUGUACAAAAAGAAGACUGGAAAAGAUAUCAGAAAUGAUAAUCGUGCUGUUCAGAAACUUCGUCGUGAAGUAGAAAAGGCCAAGAGAACUUUGUCGAGUGCUCAUCAGGCUCGUAUUGAAAUUGAAUCAAUGUACGAGGGUGAAGAUUUCAGUGAAACUCUCACAAGAGCUAAAUUUGAAGAAUUAAAUAUGGACUUGUUCCGUUCAACCUUGAAACCUGUACAGAAAGUUUUAGAAGAUGGUGAUCUACAGAAAAAGGAUAUUCAUGAAAUUGUACUUGUUGGUGGAUCUACUCGUAUUCCCAAGAUCCAGCAAUUAGUAAAAGAAUUUUUCAAUGGAAAAGAACCAACCCGAGGAAUAAAUCCUGAUGAAGCUGUUGCUUAUGGUGCAGCUGUUCAAGCUGGUGUCCUUAGUGGAGAAGAAGAUACCGGAGAACUAGUUUUGCUGGAUGUCAACCCUUUGACUCUUGGUAUUGAAACUGUUGGUGGAGUAAUGACAAAACUUAUUCCAAGAAACUCUGUUAUUCCUACCAAAAAGUCCCAGAUUUUCUCUACUGCUUCAGACAAUCAGAAUACUGUUACCAUUCAGGUGUAUGAAGGAGAGCGUCCAUUGACAAAAGAUAAUCAUCAAUUAGGAAAAUUUGACUUGACUGGAAUUCCUCCAGCUCCAAGAGGUGUUCCUCAAAUUGAAGUGACCUUUGAAAUUGAUGUUAAUGGUAUCUUGAAAGUAACAGCAGAAGACAAAGGUACAGGAAACAAAGAGAAGAUCACCAUCACUAACGAUCAUAAUAGGUUGACUCCGGAAGACAUCGAAAGAAUGAUUAAGGAUGCGGAGAAGUUUGCCGACGACGACAAGAAGGUUAAAGAACGCGUAGAAGCUAGAAACGACUUGGAAUCCUAUGUAUAUUCUCUUAAAAACCAAAUAGGUGAUAAAGAUAAAUUGGGUGCUAAACUUUCUAAUGAAGAUAAAGAAAAAUUGGAAGAAGUCAUUGAAGAAAAAAUAAAAUGGCUGGAAACCAAUCAAGAAGCAGACACGGAAGAAUUCAAAGCCCAGAAAAAAGAAGUCGAGGACAUCGCCCAGCCCAUUAUUUCCAAGUUAUAUGCGGGGGCAGGUGGCGGUGCACCUCCAGAAGAGGAGGACGUAAAAGACGAACUAUAAAUGUGAUGAUAUUAGUAAGUUUUCUUCAUCUAGAAUUUGGCCGUGUCAACUUCAGAUGAAUAAUUCCAUUUGAAAUAGUAUUUUAGUUUCUGUCCAUUACAUUAAUGGUUCUCCAUUAUACAUCAUCAUAUUGUCAUUUUUUGCCAUUUCUGUAAAGAACAGAAUGGACUGAAUAACUUACUGGGAACAGUGUCACUGAAUAUUUAUACUGUUUUGUCUUUUGACUUGUAAAAUCACAUUUGAAAUGAAUAAAUUGUAAAUACACUUCAUUCA